CAGCGAGACCGCCUCCGCCCGCCCGCCCGCCGGCAUGCUCCUCGGCUAGCGGCUCCCUCCCGCGAGCCCCACGCGUCCUUCACUCGAUUAUUCCUCUCUCUCUCUCUCUCUCUCUCUCUCUCUCUCUCGCACACGCACACACACAAUCUCACACCGAUCUGUACACUGGAGGAGAAAACAUUUCCUUAGCGCCCCCUCCCUCUUCAUCCCGAGAAGCUGAGGAGCCGCGCCGUGGGGGGCCCCGGACCGUCUGGAGAUGCGAAUCCUAAAGCGCUUCCUCGCUUGUAUUCAGCUCCUCUGUGUUUGCCGCCUGGAUUGGGCUUAUGGAUACUACAGACAACAGAGAAAACUUGUUGAAGAGAUUGGCUGGUCAUAUACAGGAGCACUGAAUCAAAAAAAUUGGGGAAAGAAAUAUCCAACAUGUAAUAGCCUCAAACAGUCUCCUAUCAAUAUUGAUGAAGAUCUUACUCAAGUGAAUGUGAAUCUUAAGAAACUUAAAUUUCAGGGUUGGGAUAAAACAUCUUUGGAAAACACAUUCAUUCAUAACACUGGGAAAACAGUGGAAAUUAAUCUCACUAAUGACUACCAUCUCAGUGGAGGAGUUUCAGAAAUGGUGUUCAAAGCAAGCAAGAUAACUUUUCACUGGGGAAAAUGCAAUAUGUCAUCUGAUGGAUCAGAACAUAGUUUAGAAGGACAAAAAUUUCCACUUGAGAUGCAGAUCUACUGUUUUGAUGCAGACCGGUUUUCAAGUUUUGAGGAAGCAGUUAAAGGAAAAGGAAAGUUAAGAGCUUUGUCCAUUUUAUUUGAGGUUGGAAUAGAAGAAAAUUUGGAUUACAGAGCAAUUAUUGAUGGAGUCGAGAGUGUUAGUCGUUUUGGGAAACAGGCUGCUUUAGAUCCGUUCAUAUUGCUGAACCUUCUGCCAAACUCAACUGACAAAUAUUACACUUACAAUGGCUCGUUGACAUCUCCUCCCUGCACGGACACCGUUGACUGGAUUGUUUUUAAAGAUACAGUGAGCAUCUCUGAAAGCCAGUUGGCUGUUUUCUGUGAAGUUCUUACGAUGCAACAGUCUGGUUAUGUCAUGCUGAUGGACUACUUACAAAAUAAUUUUCGAGAACAACAGUACAAGUUCUCUAGGCAGGUGUUUUCUUCGUAUACUGGAAAGGAGGAGAUUCAUGAAGCAGUUUGUAGUUCAGAACCAGAAAACGUUCAAGCUGACCCAGAGAAUUAUACCAGCCUUCUUGUCACAUGGGAGAGGCCUCGAGUAGUUUAUGAUACCAUGAUUGAGAAGUUUGCGGUUCUGUAUCAGCAGUUAGAGGGGGAAGACCAAACCAAGCGUGAAUUUUUGACAGAUGGCUAUCAAGACUUGGGUGCUAUUCUCAAUAAUUUACUACCCAAUAUGAGUUAUGUUCUUCAAAUAGUCGCCAUAUGCACUAAUGGCUUAUAUGGAAAAUACAGCGACCAGCUGAUUGUUGACAUGCCUUCCGAUGACCCUGAACUUGACCUCUUUCCUGAAUUAAUUGGAGCUGAAGAAAUAAUCAAGGAGGAAGAAGAGGGAAAAGGCAUUGAAGAAGGCACUAUUGUGAAUCCUGGUAGAGACAGUGCCACAAACCAAAUAAGGAGAAAGGAACCCCAGAUUCCUACCACAACAAACUACAAUCGCGUAGGGACCAAAUACAAUGAGGCCAAGACUAACCGAUCCCCAACAGGAGGAAGCGAAUUUUCUGGAAAGGGUGAUAUUUCCAACACAUCUUUAGAUCCCACUUCCCAACCAGUCAUGGAACUAGCCCCAGGAAAAGACGUUUCUUUGACUUCACAGACUGUGACCGAACCACCACCUCACACUCUGGAAGGCACGUCAGUCUCUUUAAAUGACGGCUUUAAAACUGUUCUCAGAUUUCCACAGAUGAACUUAUCUGGGACUGUGGAAUCUUUAAAAACAGUUUCUAUAACGGAAUCUCAAGAGGUGUCUACUGAUAUCAGUGAGGAAGAGAGUUUAUUGACCGAUUUCAAGCUCGAUAGGGGAGCUGAUGAUUCUUCAGGCUCCAGUCCUGCAACUUCCGCUAUGCCAUUUGUCUCUGAGAACAUAUCCCGCGGGUAUGUGUUUUCUUCAGAAAACCCAGAGGCAAUCACGUAUGAUGUUAUUAUACCAGAAUCUCCGAGAAAUGCUUCAGAAGAUUCAGCCUCCUCAGGUUUGGAAGAAUCUCUAAAGGAUCCUUCCGUUGAUGGAAAUGUGUGGUUUCCUAGCACUACAGAUAUGACAACACAGCCUGAUGUUGGAUCAGGUAGAGAGAGCUUUCUCCAGACAAAUUACACCGGAACACGUAUUGAUGAAGCUGAGAAGACAACUGAGUCCUCCUCUCCAGACCCACUGGUGUCACAGGGUCCCUCAGCCACAGAGAUGGAAAUGCCACAUUAUUCUACCUUUGCCUACUUCCCAACGGAGGUAACACCUCAUGCUUUUACUCCAUCCUCCGGACAACACGAUUCGGUCCCCACUGUCAAGGUGGUACACUCGCAGACAACUCAACCAGUAUACAAUGGUGAGACACCUCUUCAACCUUCCUACAGUAGUGAAGUCUUUCCUCUAGUCACCCCUUUGUUGCUUGACAAUGAGAUCCUCAACACUACCCCUGCUGCUUCAAGUAGUGAUUCGGCCUUGCAUGCUACGCCUGUAUUUCCCAGUGUUGAUGUGUCAUUUGAAUCCAUCCUGUCUUCCUAUGAUGGUGCACCUUUGCUCCCAUUUUCCUCUGCUUCCUUCAGUAGUGAAUUGUCUCGCCAUCUGUAUACAGUUUCUCAAAUCCUUCCACAAGUUACUUCAGCUAUUGAGAGUGAUAAGGUCUCCCUGCAUGCUUCUCUGCCAGUGGCUGGGGGUGAUUUGCUAUUAGAACCCAGCCUUGCUCAGUAUUCUGACGUGGUGUCACAUCAGAUCACUACUCAUGCCGCUUCAGAGACAUUGGAAUUUGGUGGUAGUGAAUCUGGUGUCCUUUAUAAAACGCUUAUGUUUUCUCAAGUUGAACCAUCCAGCAGUGAUGUCAUGAUGCAUGCACGUUCUUCAGGGCCCGAACCUUCUUAUGCUUUAUCUAAUAAUGAGGUCUCCCAACACCUCUUCACUGUUUCUCACAGUUCUGCAAUACCUGUGCAUGAUUCUGUUGGUGUAUCUCAUCAGGGUUCCUUAUUUAGCAGUCCUAGCCACAUACCGAUGCCUAAGUCUUCGUUAAUAACCCCAACCGCAUCCUUGCUGCAGCCUACUCAUGGCCUCUCUGGUGAUGGGGAGUGGUCUGGAGUCUCCUCUGAUAGUGAAUUUCUUUUACCUGACACAGAUGGUCUGACAGCCCUUAACUUUUCUUCACCUGUUUCUGUAGCUGAAUUUACAUAUACAACAUCUGUGUUUGGUGAUGAUAAUAAGCCGCUUUCUAAAAGUGACAUAAUAUAUGGAAAUGAGACUGAACUGCAAAUUUCUUCUUUCAGUGAGAUGGUUUACCAUUCUGAAAGCACAGUCGUGCCUGACCUGUAUGAAAGUGUAAAUAAGUUGAAUUCAUCUUUACAAGAAUCCCCUGUUUCCAGUUCUAGCAUAAGGGGCAUACUUCCAGGGUCUCUUGCUUAUACGGCCACUAAGGGUUUUGAUCAUGAGAUUAGUCAAGUUCCAGAAAAUAACUUUUCAGUUCAACCUACACAUGUAUCUCAAGCAGUUGGUGACACUUUGCUUAAACCUGUGCUUAGUGCAAACUCAGAACCAGCAUCCUCUGACCCUGCUUCUAGUGAAAUGUUCUCUCCUUCAACGCAGCUCUUAUUUUAUGAGCCCUCAGCUUCUUUUAAUACUGAAGUAUUGCUGCCACCUUCCUUUCAGGCUUCUGAUGUUGACACAUUGCUUAAAACUGCUCUUCCAGCUGUGCCUAGCGAUCCAAUAUUGGUUGAAACCCCCAAGGUUGAUCAAAUUAGUUCUACAAUAUUGCAUCUCAUGGCAUCAAAUUCUGCUUCAAGUGAAAACACGCUGCACUCUACAUCUGUACCAGUUUUUGAUGUAUCACCUACUUCUAAUAUGCACGCUGCUUCACUUCAAGGCUUAACCAUUUCUUAUGCAAGUGAGAAAUAUUUUGAACCAGUUUUGCUUAAAAGCGAAAGUUCUCAGCAAGUGGUACCUUCAUUGUACAGUGAUGAUGAGAUGUUCCAAACUGCCGAUUUGGAGAUUAACCAUGCCUUUCCCCCAAAAGGAAGGCAUGCUUUUGCUACUCCUGUUUUAUCGAUUGAUGUACCAUCAAAUACACUUAUUAAUAAGCUUAUAUAUUCUGAUGAACUUUUCACCUCCACCAAGGGUUCUAUCACUGAUGAGGUAUUUGCUGGUAUUCCAACAGUUGUUUCUGAUACACUUGUAACUGCUGAUCGUUCUGUUCCUUUAGGAAAUGUAUAUGUUUCCAUUACAGCUGUUUCUCCCAACAGAGGUGAUUCUGUAACCACAACCAAGUUGCUGUUUCCUUCUAAAACAACUUCUGAGCUGAUUCAAAGUGCCAGAUCUGAUGCUGAUUUAGUGGGUGGUGGUGACGAUGGUGAUAUUGAUGAUUAUGAUGAUGAUGAUUAUGUUGACAGAGCUAGAGAUGGCUUAUCCAUAAAUAAGUGUAUGUCAUGCUCCUCCUAUAGAGAACCACAGGAAAAGGUAAUAAAUGAUUCAGACACACAGGGAAACAGUCUUGUGGAUCAGAAUAACCCAAUCUCUUAUUCACUCUCUGAGAAUUCUGAAGAAGAAAAUAAAGUCACAGAUGUAAUAUCAGCCAGUCAAACUGAUAUGGACAGAAGUCCUAGUAAAUCACCACCAACAAAUGCCCUACCCCAAAAGCGCAAAUAUGGAAAACAGGAAAAUGACGUUGAGACUGGUAAUGCCCUGCUUCCUUUCACCCCGGAAUCUAAAGCAUGGGCAGUGCUUACAAGUGAUGAAGAGAGUGGAUCAGGGCAAGGUGCCUCAGAUAGCUUUAAUGAUAAUGAGACUUCCACAGAUUUCACUUUUCCAGAUGCUAAUGAAAGAGAUGUUGAUGGGGUACUGGAAGCAGGUGACUCAGAAAUAAAUCCUGGAUCCCCACAGUCCUCAACACCGAUUCUUACUAGCGGACACUCAGACGUGUUCAACAUUUCAGAGGCAGAGGCCAGUAAUAGUAGCCAUGAAUCUCGUAUUGGUCUAGCUGAGGGGCUGGAAUCCGAGAAGAAGGCGGUUGUACCCCUUGUGAUCGUGUCAGCCCUGACUUUUAUCUGUCUAGUGGUUCUUGUGGGUAUUCUCAUCUACUGGAGGAAAUGCUUCCAGACUGCACACUUUUAUUUAGAGGACAGUACGUCCCCUCGAGUGAUAUCCACGCCUCCCACACCUAUCUUUCCAAUUUCAGAUGAUGUUGGAGCAAUUCCAAUAAAGCACUUCCCAAAGCAUGUUGCAGACUUACAUGCAAGUAGUGGGUUUACUGAAGAAUUUGAGACACUGAAAGAGUUUUACCAGGAAGUGCAGAGCUGUACUGUUGAUUUAGGUAUCACAGCAGACAGCUCCAAUCACCCAGACAAUAAGCACAAGAACCGAUACAUAAAUAUCGUUGCCUAUGAUCACAGUAGGGUUAAGCUUGCACAACUUGCUGAAAAAGAUGGCAAACUGACUGAUUACAUCAAUGCCAAUUAUGUUGAUGGCUACAACAGACCAAAAGCUUACAUUGCUGCCCAAGGCCCACUGAAAUCCACAGCUGAAGAUUUCUGGAGAAUGAUAUGGGAGCAUAAUGUGGAAGUUAUCGUCAUGAUAACAAACCUCGUGGAGAAAGGAAGGAGAAAGUGUGACCAGUACUGGCCUGCCGAUGGUAGUGAAGAGUAUGGGAACUUCCUAGUCACACAGAAGAGUGUUCAAAUGCUUGCCUAUUAUACUGUGAGGAAUUUUACUCUAAGAAACACAAAGAUAAAAAAGGGCUCCCAGAAAGGAAGACCCAGUGGGCGUGUAGUCACACAGUACCACUACACCCAGUGGCCUGACAUGGGAGUGCCAGAGUACUCAUUGCCCGUGCUGACGUUCGUGAGAAAGGCGUCCCAUGCCAAGCGCCAUGCAGUGGGGCCUGUCGUUGUUCACUGCAGUGCUGGAGUUGGAAGGACAGGUACAUAUAUUGUGCUAGACAGCAUGUUGCAGCAAAUUCAACAUGAGGGAACUGUCAACAUUUUUGGCUUCUUAAAACACAUUCGUUCACAAAGAAAUUAUUUGGUGCAAACUGAGGAACAGUAUGUCUUCAUUCAUGAUGCACUGGUUGAAGCCAUUCUCAGUAAAGAAACUGAGGUGCCAGACAGUCAUAUUCAUGCCUAUGUGAAUGCGCUCCUCAUUCCUGGACCAACAGGCAAAACAAAGCUAGAGAAACAAUUCAAGCUCCUGAGUCAAUCAAAUAUCCAGCAGAGUGACUAUUCUACAGCCCUAAAGCAAUGCAACAGGGAAAAGAACAGAACUUCUUCCAUCAUCCCUGUGGAAAGAUCAAGGGUUGGCAUUUCGUCCCUGAGUGGGGAAGGCACAGACUACAUCAAUGCCUCUUACAUCAUGGGUUAUUAUCAGAGCAAUGAAUUCAUCAUCACCCAACAUCCCCUUCUCCAUACCAUCAAGGAUUUCUGGAGGAUGAUUUGGGACCAUAAUGCCCAGCUAGUGGUUAUGCUUCCUGAUGGUCAAAACAUGGCAGAAGAUGAAUUUGUUUACUGGCCAAAUAAAGAUGAGCCUAUAAAUUGUGAGAGUUUUAAGGUUACUCUUAUGACUGAAGAACACAAAUGUUUGUCUAAUGAAGAAAAACUUGUAAUUCAAGAUUUUAUCUUAGAAGCUACACAGGAUGAUUAUGUACUUGAAGUGAGGCAUUUUCAGUGCCCCAGAUGGCCAAAUCCAGAUAGCCCCAUUAGUAAAACUUUUGAACUUAUAAGUAUUAUCAAAGAAGAAGCUGCCACCAGGGAUGGGCCCAUGAUUGUUCAUGAUGAGCAUGGAGGAGUAACAGCAGGAACUUUCUGUGCUCUGACAACGCUUAUGCACCAACUAGAAAAAGAAAAUUCCAUGGAUGUUUACCAGGUAGCCAAGAUGAUCAAUUUGAUGAGGCCAGGAGUCUUUGCUGACGUUGAGCAGUAUCAGUUUCUCUACAAAGCAGUCCUCAGCCUCGUGAGCACCAGGCAGGAAGAGAAUCCGUCCACCUCUCUGGACAGCAAUGGCGCUGCGUUGCCUGAUGGCAAUAUAGCCGAGAGCCUGGAGUCUUUAGUUUAACCCAGAAAGGGGUGAGAGAAGUCUACAUCUGAGCAUUGUUUUCCUCUUUCUAAAAUCAGACAGGAAAGUCAGUUCAGUUCUUCUGUUUUCUGUUUACUUCCCAUCACCUGACAGUAACUUUCAUGACAUAGGAUUCUGCUGCCAAAUUUACAUCAUUAACAAUGUGUGCCUUUUUGCGAAACUUCUUGUAAUUCACUUAUUGUGUUUAAACUAAAAUAAUUGAAUUUUCCAGUAUUUCUAAGAACGGACUUGUAUUUUUUUCAUAUUGAUUUUAACAGAAAAUUUCAAUUUAUAGAUACUAGGAAUUCACAACUACAUAAAACAUGUUUGUUUCUAGGUGUCAAAUUUUUAGCUGUAUUUGUAGCAAUCAUCAGGUUUGCUAGAACUGUAACUUUUAAUAUAGUAGAUUGUAAAUAAAACACCGUGUUCCCUAUGAUAUUCAACAUUUUACAACUGCAGUAUUCACCUAAAGUAGAAAUAAUCUGAUACUUACUGUAAAUACUGCUUUAGUGUCUCCAUGGACCAAAUUUAUAUUUAUAAUUGUAGAUUUUUAUAUUUUACUACUGAGUCAGUUUUCUAGUUCUGUGUAAUUGUUUAGUUUAAUGGUGCAGCUCAUUACCUGGCCUUACUCUACAGGCUUCUGAUAUUGUUUUGUGUUAUCUCAAUGAUUAACUCUGUUUUAGCAUGUAAUUUUAACUUUUAUGGAAAAUAGAAAUGCAUUUGUUUUGAAAGAGAUGUUUUUAUGAGAAUAACACCUUACCCAACAUUGUUUAAAUGGUUUUUAUCCAAGGCAUUGCAAAAAUAAAUAUAAAUAUUGCCAUCAA